AUGAAUAAAUAAUUUCUUGCAUUAGGUAUUGAAGGAAGUGCAAAUAAAAUUGGGAUUGGAGUAGUUACAAAAGAUGGGAAUAUCUUAUCAAAUCCAAGAAGAACAUAUAUAACUCCUCCAGGGACAGGAUUUGUACCAAAGGAAACAGCAUAACAUCACAGAAAUAAAAUAUUAGAAGUUUUGGAUGAGGCAUUGAAAAUAGCUUAGAUUACCUUAGAUGAUAUUGAUCUGAUCUGUUAUACAAAAGGUCCUGGAAUGGCUGGACCACUUUCUAUUGGUGCUACUGUUGCAAGAACUUUAUCAUUACUUUAUAAAAAACCUAUAGUAGGAGUGAAUCAUUGUGUUGCUCAUAUAGAAAUGGGAAGAUUAGCAACUUAAUGUGAAAAUCCAGCUGUUUUAUAUGUAAGUGGAGGAAAUACUCAGGUUAUUGCUUAUUCAAAAAAUAGAUAUAGAGUAUUUGGAGAAACAAUUGAUAUAGCAGUUGGGAAUUGUUUAGAUCGUUUUGCUAGAUUAGUUAAUAUUAGUAAUGAUCCUGCUCCAGGAUAUAAUAUAGAAUAAUUAGCAAAAAAAGGUAAGAAUUAUAUACUUGAUACUCCUUAUGUUGUAAAAGGAAUGGAUAUGAGUUUUAGUGGUUUAUUAACAUUUAUUGAAGAUGUUGUUACUUAAUUUCCAUAAGUUAAAUUACCUGAAAUAGAAGGUAAUGAUUAAGCAAAAAGAAAGAAUAAACAAUCAAGUGUGGUUAAAAAAUUUAGUAAUCCAAUUCCUUAAGAUUUAUCGACUGAAGAUUUGUGUUUUACUCUUUAAGAAACUAUUUUUGCAAUGUUAACUGAAGUUACAGAAAGAGCUAUGAGUCAUUGUGAAUCUACUGAUGUUAUAAUUGUUGGUGGAGUUGGUUGUAAUGAACGUCUUUAAGAAAUGGUAUCUAUAAUGGUCAAAGAUAGAGGUGGUAAGGUAGGAGCUAUGGAUGAAAGAUAUUGUAUUGAUAAUGGAGCUAUGAUUGCUUAUACUGGUAUUUUAUUCUAUUUAUUAACCAGGCAUCUUAGAGUAUUUUUCUAAUGGUCCUACCAAUUUUAAAGAUACCUUUUUCACUCAAAGAUUUAGAACUGAUGAAGUUUAUGUAGGUUGGAGAAAUGAUUGA